AUGACGAUAUUUGGGGGAUGGGCCCUUAUCACUGACCCAGGAAUGCAACUCAAGUUUGGGGUGGAAGGAGAGGAGUGUGGUGCUAGCGAGCUGGAUUCUCUGAGGAAAUACGCAAGAUUCUUAUGCACAACGGCGGCCGCGGAAAAGUGCCUCUCCUCUCCCUGCCUCAACGGCGCCACGUGCAUGGAGAACUUGGGCGAAUACGCGUGCCUCUGUCCCAGGACGCCUCGCUGGUUCAUGGGAACACACUGCGAAGACCUAUACGACCCAUGUUUAGACGGCCCAUGUACCAACUGCACCUCCGUACUCGGGACAGGCAACUACACGUGUCACUGUCCGGCAGGCUACACGGGUCAAAACUGCACGGAAGAUAUCGAUGAGUGCUUGGAAAACCCUUGUGUGGGGCAUAAAAGUUUCUGUGUCAAUACAGUUAACGGAUAUACGUGUCAUUGUCCCAUCGGGUUAGGUGGAACGGACUGCCAAGACAACGUCACUACUUGUUUGGACCGAGAAUGCCAAAAUGAAGGCAUGUGCGUGGACGUACCGGAUAUCGGACGGAGAUGCCAUUGUCCUCUGGGAUUCGAAGGGGAAAAUUGUGAAGAGGAUAUCAACGAUUGCGCUUCGGAGCCUUGCAAGAACGGAGCAAUUUGUAAAGAUCUGGUGAAUGGGUACAAGUGCUUCUGUGUACCCGGGUUUCAGGGAUAUCACUGCGAUUUGGAUAUAAAUGAAUGCGCGUCCAAACCGUGUCAGAACAACGGGACGUGUUUGGAUCUAGUGGAUCGUUAUAUGUGUGACUGCGCACCGGGGUUCAAAGGACUGAACUGUGAGGUGGACAUAGAUGAGUGUGAGAACGCCCCCUGUCAGAACGGUGCCACCUGCCUGGACCUCGUGGCCAUGUACCUGUGCCAGUGUGUGCCCGGCUUCCAGGGCACGGACUGUGAGGUCAACAUCGACGAGUGCAACAGCGCCCCCUGCCUCAACCAUGGUAGCUGCAUAGAUGGAGUAAACAGUUAUGAGUGCGACUGUGAUGGGACGGGCUUCGUGGGGGUGCACUGUGAGGAGGACAUACCUGAGUGUGCUUCAGACCCCUGCCAGAACGGAGCCACGUGUUUGGAGGGGGUCAACCAGUACCGCUGCCAAUGCUGGACAGGUUAUGAAGGAGAUAACUGUGAGGUGGACACUGACGAGUGUCAGUUAGCGCCCUGUGUAAACGGAGGAGAGUGUUUCCAGCGCUCAGAUGUCCUACAGUAUGGACAGCUCCCUGAACUCAGCACGGCCCCCUUCAGCUACGACCAGGCUGCGGGCUACAUCUGCCACUGCCAGCCAGGAUUCACUGGAGAGAAUUGCUCUAUAAAUGUGGAUGAAUGUGAGUCUGGGCCGUGUUUGAACGGUGGAAGCUGUGAGGACCGGGUCAACUCCUACCAGUGUGUCUGUCCAGGAGGAUUCACAGGAGUACACUGUGAGGUCGACAUAAACGAGUGUGACAGCGGCCCCUGCCACAACAACGCCACUUGCGAAGAUGGUAUCAACUCCUACAAAUGCUACUGCCCCCCUCCGUCCGCCCCGGGGCAGGAUCCUUGGGGCGGGCCGGAGUGUGACGUGCGAUUGAUCGGCUGCCAGUUUCACCUGUGCCAAAACAAUGCCUCCUGUUUGCCCACGUUAACCAACGAUGGAAUCCACACCUACAUCUGCCUCUGCCAACCUGGAUGGACCGGAAAACUGUGCAAUACCUCCACGACUUUCUCAUUCAACUCGGAAGGCUACGUCCAUAUGGGAACGCCGGAAUUCACCAACAAAACCAAACAAGCAGACAUCCGCAACGAGAUGCACUUACAAUUUCGUUUCAGGUCUACUUUGCCGGAUAUGGUGUUGUAUUUUCGAGGUACCGUUGAAAACUACUUGUACUUGGAAGUUGCCGGAGGAGUACUGCGAGCUAAAGUGAAAUCGGGCAAAGUUCUGCAGGCGUCCCACCCUGUACCAGUCAACGAUGGGGAGUGGAGAGAGGUUACGGUGACCAUGGAUGAAAAACUGGUCAUGACUUUAAAAGGACCGGGUUGUUUGGAAGGAUGCAAAGUCAAAAACGAAGGUUAUAAUCACUUAAUGUUCCUUCAGCUUGGUCUUUUUAAGCAAAUGUACAUCGGAGGAGCCCCGGCAGAGUUCCUAGCAAGAACUUCAAGCGGAAAGGGGUUCAUAGGGUGCAUGGAGGACCUGUAUGUAGACCAUAAGCCUUUACUGCCCCAGGACCUUCUGAGGGAGGAGGUUAGGAGUAUGACGCUGGGGUGCACCAAACAGGAGUGGUGUGAGGAGGACCCAUGCCAGGGGAGAGGGGAGUGUGUGGACCUAUGGGUGCGAGCCAGCUGCCAGUGCCGACGGCCCUACUAUGGAGAGACGUGUCAACAAGAAUACCCAUCUUGGACAUUUGGACAGGAAAAUUCUACUAGCUACGCCGCCUUUGCCAUCGCCGAGAGCCACGGAGAAAACUUCACAAUUUCAUUCCUCUUACGCUCACUAAAACACAACGGCCUAUUGCUCCAGCUCAGGCGAGAAGAAAAGCCGUACCUAACCAUUUAUCUCAAGGAAGGAACCGUGGCCAUAUACAGCCCCCACACCACCCUGCUCUCCGAAGCCAAGUUUGUUACCGACGGCAACAAUACAUUAGUAACAUUAAAGGUGCAAUACGGCCACGUGGUGUUUCCAAAAGCGGGGAACCAUCGCGCCUUAGGUAACGUUACGAUUGAAGCUGGCGAUGUAGCGUAUCUUGGAGGUUUGCCCCCUGAAAAGAAUAUGAAUGCCUGGGGAGGACAUUUUAAAGGAUGUCUUCAAGAUGUGAGGAUCGACGACAAACAUUUUACCACUGCAGAAGAUACAGAAAAUGAGGAGAAUUAUCUGGUUCUACUAAAGGAAAAUGUCCUGGAGGGAUGCCAUAGUGAUGACACAUGCAAGAAUGCACCCUGCCUCAACGGUGGACACUGUGAGGUCACCUGGAAUGACUUCAGGUGUAAGUGUCCCAGUAACUUCGCCGGUCGCGUCUGCCAAACCCGUCUGUGGUGCAUGGACAACCCGUGUUUCAAAGGAGGGCGCUGUGUAGACCUACAGGACGGAUACGAGUGUUUGACAGAAGCCAUCUUGCAGGACAACUCUCUUCAGUAUGCAUCUAAUGGUUCUUUGCUCAGCCCGGUCACCAGCAUCACCCUGGAUUUACGAACACGAGACGAGAACGGCAUCCUACUCCGCGCCGACGGCAAAACCCAAGUGUUCUGUUUGGGCCUGCUAAACUCCACUCUGUUAGUCAAAAUGGACAGCGGUACUGGAUCUGACCUUUUAGCCUUUACUAGCGAUCAAAUCAUUUCAGAUGGCGCAUGGCAUAACGUCCAACUUAGCAUGGCUGACCCCGAAAUGCCCGUGUCUCGCUGGCGCCUUACUGUGGACGGAAACCGAGCUGGCAGUAGCUUCGGAAAUGGUGGAAACCUCAACUUCCUGAAUGACACUAAAAUCUGGUUAGCUGAGAAGUACACCGGUUGCCUGGGAGAAGUUAGAGUAGGCGGAGUCUAUCUUCCUCUAAUAAAAGUAGCCGAGGUUCCUCAAGCUAGUCGGUUUAUGCGAUUAGGUGGGCACGAACCAGAUGUUGGAUGCAAAGGUGCUCCGAUCUGCGAUUCACAGCCUUGUUUGAACAACGGGGUGUGCCAAGAUCAAUUCAAUGAGUUCAAUUGUAGUUGUAGUCCGGGAUGGGAGGGCAUCCUGUGUGAAAAUGACAUAAAUGAGUGCGAAUAUAAACUCUGCAUCUAUGGAACAUGCACAGAUUUGAUGGCAGACUACAGGUGCGAUUGUGAGCCCGGAUACAUAGGGAAGAAUUGUGAUGAAGAAGUGGACAACUGCCUGGAGUUCAGUUGUGUGAAUGGAGGGACGUGUGUGGAGACAAUGGGGACACACACCUGCUCAUGUCCUCAAGGGUACAUUGGAAAACGCUGCCAGUGGCGCUAUCCUCCAGUCUCAUGUGACAUAAACACCCCCUGUGAAAAUGGCGGUGUGUGUGUUGGAGGGGACAUGGGAGGAAACUGCACCUGUAAACCUGGGUACACUGGCUCCAGGUGUGAGACAGAAAUAGACGAGUGUAUGUCGAGCCCCUGUCUGAACGGAGCCACCUGUCUGAACCGACUUAACCGCUUCCAGUGCAUCUGCGCCCCGGGCUUCAGCGGCAAGCUCUGUGACAGCACCCAAGAGGAGCAGAAGGAGCGAAUCCCGUGGCUGGCUGUUACCAUCCCUCUCACCACCCUGUGUGCUCUCCUGGCCAUAUUAGCUGUCUUCUUCCUGGUGAUGACAGCCCGAAAGAAGCGCCAAUCCGAGGGUACCUACAGCCCCAGCUCACAGGAAGUAGCCGGAGCCCGACUUGAGAUGGGCAGCGUGCUCAAGGUACCCCCUGAGGAGAGGCUAAUAUAACAUCAAC